AUGUCACACUAUACCUCAAAUCACAAUACUGGUAAUAGUAAAACUCAAUAUAAAAUUCCAGAUAGAUAUUUAGUUGAAACUAGUUGGGAAAGGAAAUUACAACAUACAAUAGAAUGUGAAAUUGAAUAUGAUUUAGAAGGUCCAGUCUUUAUAAUUAGAUUUAAUGAAAAUUCUCAACAACAUGUUAUACAAUCGAAAGAGUCUUUAUCUAAUAAAAAAGGUUCUAUUAAUUGUGCAAGAAUUUCUGGCAUUCACGUGUUUGGUCUAAAUGCCAUGAAUGUUGAACAAGAGUGUGAACGUAAAAGAAAAGAGAAUAGACCAUGUUCCCUUAAACUGUUUAGUGUGCUAAGUGAAUCUAUGAAAACAAAAUACCUCAAAAAUAUUUCUAUUACAACAACUAAUAAAAUAUUGCAUAUUGAUGACAAAGAAAUUGAAGAGGAAAUGCUGAAAUAUGUUGGAAAAGCAGGAUACAGAAAUAUCACAGACAUUUUGCUCUUUGUUAUUCCAGGUCUUAUAGACCAGAACAUUCUUAAUAUAAGCAACCCACGACUAGAAAUUCCUGAGUAUAAUUUUGGGGUUCAAUGCAGCAAAUGCGAAUUACUUUUGCUCUUGGUGUCUGUGCUUGAAGAAGGAAAUUGGUAUCAAAAACAAGCACCUCUUCUUUAUAUGAUUCCCUUGGAACAUUAUGUGCCCGAUCUGCUUCAUAUAAUGUUAAGGAUUUGGAAUCGUAUGUGGUCAUUAGUAAUCCAAGAGCUUAAAUCUGAAAAUAGAUACGAUGAUUAUAUUAGAGCAAUAAUUAGUUUAGAAAUGCAAAAAAUUUCCAUUAAAUUUCAUUUUUGGCAAGACCAUGAUACACAAAAUUGGAAUAACACUUCCUUAAUGGGAGAUGACAAAGAACUUGUAUUAUGUAAUUUCAAUUUUGAAUUAAUUUUUUAUAAAGAACAGGGCAUGCAAAUUAAUCAUCUCAGAAGGGACUUUUAUAUACUUUAUAAUAAUAUGAAACAACAAAAUUUUGAUCCUGGUCUUUUCUCAAUUCAAACAAAAAAUUGGCUUGAUCUAUUCCUUACUUCUUCUCAAAGUGCGCCAAAUACAAGAGAUUUUAAAAAAGGAUUAUAUAGGCCAAAAGACGUUACUCCAUACAUACAUGUCUUGGUUAAGCAUAUAUCUGAAUUUAUGGAACAUCAUGGCCGUUUUGGUUUUGCAGCAUUUUCAUAUGCUGCAGUCAAAAAAAAAAACCACAACCAAGUUUCUGCUUUUUUUAAAAAAACAAUGAAAGAUGGUGGUAAUGGUGCAGAACGAAAAUCUGCCAUUUAUGAAAUUCUUUGUUAUGAGAAUCAGUCUAUAUAUUUUACUCAAAAUUCUACUUUUAAUUUAGUUCCUAGGCAUCAACAUAUACAUAUUAAAAAUGAUUAG